AUGCCUCCCAGGCUCCCAGGACUGACCCUUCAGUGGCAGUCGCUUCUCUCGAAACCGGCUCAGGCCCCUUCGCCUCUUUCGUUCUUGCUGCCCCAGCUCCAGCAGCAAAGCCGCAAUGCUCACAUCCUAGCCUCGCUCUCCGAUAACCCCGGAGCAUACCAUAAGAGGAUCAGAAGAGGUCGUGGUCCCGCGUCCGGGAAGGGUAAGACUUCCGGUCGUGGUCAUAAGGGUCAGAAGCAGCAUGGAAAGGUGCCGGCGAGGUUUAAUGGUGGUCAGACCCCUGAUAUUAUCGUGCAUGGCACGUAUGGUGAAAAGAACGUCCACUCUGUUGACUUCGCCCCCGUGAAUCUGGACCGCAUCCAGGAAUGGAUCGACCAAGGCCGCAUCGACCCUGCCCGUCCCAUCACCAUCCGCGAACUGGGCCAGUCGCGCUGCAUCCACCAGACCAAGGAGGGCGUCAAGGUUCUCGGCCGCGGCGCAGAGAACGUCCUGAAGCAGCCCAUCCAUCUCGUCGUUUCGCGCGCCUCCGCCUCCGCCAUCGCCGCCGUCGAAGCCGCCGGUGGCUCCGUGACUACCCGAUUCUACACCCGCACCGCGAUUGAGCGCAUCAUGAAGAGAGAAAUGCACCCGUUUGUCUCCAUGGCGUGGACUGAUAAGAGCGGCAGCGAGGCUCUCAAUGAGGUCGAUGGUGUCCAGGACCUCACCGAGUCCAAGGUCAUGAAGGAGAUGGGCUUCCGCUACCGUCUUCCCGACCCCAGCAAGCGUCGCGAUAUCGAAUACUACCGUGACCCUGCUCACAGGGGCUACUUGAGCCACCUGCUCAAGCCUAUGGAGGGACCCAGUUUGUUCUUCCGCUCUCCGGUAGAGAGGAAGUCGGCUGCGGGCGUCAAGAAGGAGAAGGUCCUCCCCGAGAACAGACUUUGGUAG